GAGAGAGUGAAUGUGUGAGUGUGUGUGAGAGAGAGAGAGAGAGAGUGUGUGUGUGUGUGUGUGUGUGUGAGAGAGAGAGACUCCGGGAUGGCGGAUGAAACCCUGACGCUGGUAAUAAAGCUGCUCGCUGCGGUUUUUUACGGCGUGAGCUCCUUCCUCAUAGUGGUGAUAAACAAAAGCGUCCUGACCAACUACAGGUUUCCUUCAUCGAUAUGUCUUGGCAUCGGGCAGAUGUUAGCCACAGUGUUGGUGCUGUGGUCCGGAAAGGCCCUGCGGGUGAUCUCCUUCCCCAGUUGGGAGCUCAAUAUCGUCAGCAAGACCUUUCCCCUACCUCUUCUGUACGUAGGCAAUCAAGUAACCGGACUGUUUGGAACGAAAAGGCUAAAUUUGCCGAUGUUUACAGUGUUAAGAAGGUUUUCCAUUCUCUUCACAAUGCUCGCCGAGGGCUUCUUGUUAAAGAAGAAAUUCUCAUGGCCAGUUCAGCUCACUGUGUUCACAAUGAUCUUUGGGGCUUUUGUGGCUGCAAGUGCCGACUUGUCGUUUGACCUACAGGGUUAUGUGUUCAUCUUAAUGAAUGACGUCUUAACUGCUGCUAAUGGAGCCUUUGUGAAACAGAAGCUGGACUCUAAGGAGCUGGGAAAGUAUGGCCUACUCUAUUACAACGCUUUAUUUAUGAUCCUGCCUACACUCCUUUUGGCACAUGUCACUGGAGACAUGGAGAAGGCACUGAAUUACGAAGGCUGGUCAGAUACACUCUUCGUGGGACAGUUCAUCAUGUCUUGCAUAAUGGGGUUUAUCCUGAUGUACUCCACCGUGCUCUGCACUCAGUACAACUCGGCCUUAACCACUACCAUAGUGGGCUGUCUGAAAAAUAUAUUAGUGACGUAUAUUGGAAUGGUGUUUGGAGGCGAUUAUAUUUUCUCCUGGACUAACUUUAUAGGUCUGAAUAUCAGUAUCGCGGGUAGUCUGGUAUACUCGUACAUAACGUUCACAGAGGAACAGAGCAGCAAACAGGCCGAGAGCAUCAGCAAGCUGGAGGUGAAGGGAAAAGUCGCUGUGUAAGCAGUGCCUCAGCUUAAGACCUUCGAGGAAAUUGUAUCAUUUAGUGUUUUAACUUCAAGUGACCCAUAAUGUGAAGCGCAAAAACACAUCAGGAUGGAUGUACGAACAUCUUUUUUUUUUUUUUUUUUUUUUAACUCAGCAAGAAAAGACACAUCAAGCUACUCGGUUUGGUAUGUCGAAAAGAAAGACAAUUAUUUACCCUCCUGCUUUAACUCUUAAGAGUAAGCAUUUUUUUUAAUGGUUUUUGGGGGAGCUGAAUGGGAGUCUGUAUUUUGAAAGUAUUCAUGACUGUUUUUUUUUUUUUUUGGGUGGUACGCUCAACUUGAAUUUCUAUAUUUCUUUGUGUUGUUUUGUUUCUUAUUAAACUAGACAAUAUGGAUUGUCAUUUAUGGCAGUAUUAUGCUGUUUUUUUUUCCACGGAUGUGCCAUUGUUUUUGCUAUUUUAUGCUAGUCCAAGGCUUACGAUGUUACAUUUUUUUUUUUUUCCCCCUCCUUCUUUAGUAUUAGAACCACCUUCUAGGAUUAUACAGUAUCUGUUGUGUACUCUGCUGUGCUGUUUUCUUCUAAAGUGAACAAUGUGAUACUUGCACUUUAAACAGGUCACAGGUACUUUUUUUUCACGUAAUGAACAAUGAGAGAACGUUUACGUUAGUGAAAUCUUUCUGUUUUUCAAACUGCAUUUGAGUAAUGAGAGGGGGGAAAAGAUGUAUGUCCUACAUACAUACAUCAGCAUUAAUAUCAUUGGUACUUUUUGACCGAGUCAAAAUGUGAAGUUCAGUCAGUGCUAUCUAGAUGUUAUACAUCUGGAAUCCUCUGUAAUUUGGCUGUAUCCAGUCUGUAUAUUUUUACCUGCAUGCGAGACACAUAGACUGUAAAACGUUUAUCACACAGUUAAAGUAUUUUUUUCUCUCAAAUGAACGCUCAGCUAUCUUGCUUAAGUGUUAUAUAUCUAUAGAGAUAUUUGUUCAUUUUUUUAUCAUGGUUAUUUUUAAAGAUCCUCACAGAGCACUAAAAGCAUUAUGACAUGAACAUGGCUUGUAUUUACCAUUUAGAUUUUUGCUUUAGUUUAUACCAUUUUUUUUCACUGCUUUUUAAAAAAAAAAUCAUUUAUAUCAACAAGAGCUCAGUGAUUGUAGCAAUGCAAAACCGAGCUUGCAUGGAUGUUACUAAAAUACCUCAGCUUUCCAUUGGUUAAAUUUAGUCAUUUUGUUUCCAGACACCUGUAUUCUUGUACUGUUCGAUUUAUUCCUGAAAUUAUCAGUGUGAUAAAAAAAAAUACAAGGCAGUACAUUAGUCA